UGACAAACGUCAUCGUAUAAUUAGCUUUAAGGUUAUAUUUACAGAAUCUUUUUAUUUUGUAGUCAUAAUAAUUAAUUCGAUGAAGAAAUAAUAAUAUAUAAAAUUAAGGUAUUAACAAGAUGACGAGUCGAGUGAAAUCUGGUUCAACUAGGAUAGAAGUUGAAAUAGAAAAAAGUAGAGAAGAAUCUAACUGGCUGAGAGUUAUAGAACUAGCAGAACAACUUAAAGAAAAAUCUCCCGAAUUUGUGUGUCUAGCUGAUUUUCUAAUAGGCGAAGGGAAGUUGGAAAAUUUUUUAGAGGAAUGGCCACCUAUAGAAGCAAAUAUCAACAGGGCAAAACUUGGAUUAAUUGAAGCUAAACGGUUUCUUCAGUUAGUUGUAACCGAGGCUGGAAUUAAGGCUGGUGUAGCUAUGGAUGCACAUCUACUGCUUGGUAAAUUACAAUAUGCCUGUGGACAAUAUGCAGAAGGUUUAAAACAUUUCAGAUUAGCUGAUUUACACCAUUUAACUGAGAAAAAAUUACCAUUGAGAAGUUUAAAAAUAGUAGCAGAAUCAUAUGCAGUAAAAUCCCUAUGUCUACAAAAAGAUGACACAGCUGCUAGUAAAUUCAAAAAGGCAGAAAAACAAGAAGAAAUGAUUAGGUGUUUGGAUUUAGCAACAGAUUUAAGUUUGCUCUACAUGCAAAAGCUAGAAAAAGAACUGAAUUCAACUAUCCCCAGUUCAAAUACAGGAAGCCAUUCCCCACAACCUCCUGCCACUCAAAAACCGCUUGGAGAAAUUCUAGAACAGGCUAUCCAGCUGGCACCUGUUUUCCUGCUGCAGCAAAACAAACCCGAUAUGGCGCUGGAAAGGUACAGAAGAUCCCUUUGUGCAAUCGAAUCACAUGGGGUUAAUAUUAUUAGACUGAAAUUUAUGUGUCAAAUGGCGGAACUACUUUUGCACGGUUUGCUUGGAGACAAAUACAGAGCACCUAUAAAUACAGCUCCCAAGAUUUCCGUUUGGAAACCGAAGUAUUAUGCAUCUUUGAAUCAGUUUAUUCCAAGAAAUGAGUUCGAAGAAACCAUUUUAUUAAUAUUAGUAGCAGAGUCCAUGGCCGUCAGAAACACAGUACUAUCCCAAUCUCCAGAAUUCAGAGAUAUCAGACUUAGCGCGUUUCAAGAGGCUGUUACAGUAUACGAUUUAUUGGCAGUCGCUACUGUUCGUUGGGGCCAAACAGCUCUUUUGCAGGAGUCUUUGGAACGUUCUAUGAAGUUUUCAUUUGACGAAUCUCAUAUGUGGAAACAAUACGCGCUUAGCUUAUUGGCUAUUAAUAGAUUUGAACAUGCUCUGUCUGUUUUAAAAGAAGUUAUCCGUUUAGAACCAAAUGAUCCCAGUAACCACCUUUUAGCUGCCAAAUUAUGCUACGAACAUCUCAAUCUGGCUAAAGAAGGUGCACAAUUUAGUAUGGAAGCCAGAGAAAAAUCGUUAACCUCUCCUGGCGGGCUCUUGGGUAGAUGUCACUUAUAUAUAGGUAUUGGAUACCACUUACAGGCCGAAUCAAAUCAGUUGAAAAAAGAUAAAGAACAGUUUAGAACUAUGGCACUAAAUAAUUUUAGAAGUGCCGUCGAACUUGAACCCAAUGAUCAUCUAUGUAGGUAUUACCUCGGGUUACAGUUAGCGCUAAUGGGAAACAUUCCAGAAGGCCAGCAACAUGUCUGCUUAGGUUUGGAUCUACAACCGGAACAUUCGUCAUCUUUACAUUUACUAGUUCUUCUAUUGACCGCCGAGAGACAGCACGGUAGCGCUCUGUUGGUUGUAGAGAACGCGUUGGAGGAGUAUCCGGAUAGUUUAAAUCUCAUGUACGUCAAGGCGUAUUUAGAUUUGCAUGAAAAAGGGGGUGAGAAAGCACUAGUAACUGCAAAACAAAUAUUAGAGUUGUGGAAAAAUUUAUAUGAAGGCCAAACAAUUUCUGAUGUGCCAGAAUGUGAUAGAAAAAGUGACACUAGGUCCGUCUUCCAGCUGUACACUUCUGAAAUGUCUGAUAAAGAUUCAAGUUCCUUACAUUUACACAAUAUCGCCGCUUCGCGGGUUGAACAGGCCCUUAGCGAGGUCGCUAGUUCUAUGAGCAGUUAUAAUCCCAGACCCGGUCCACAAAGGGCGUGGAUGUUACAGGUGGAAAUAUGGCUGUUAUUGGCCGAGCUCUAUUUGGCCUUAGAUCAACCAACCGAUGUUCAAAUGUGUAUCCAAGAAGCCAUGCAAAUUUAUCCGUUAAGUCAUCAAAUAAUGCAUAUGAAGGGACUCCUUCACAUGCACAGACAAGAGUGGUCGGAUGCCAAAACGUGCUUCCAAAAUGCCGUCGCCAUUAACCCGCUUCACGUCAAAUCUCUGCAGCAAUUAGGACUGGUUUAUCAUUAUUUGGAUCUUCAAGGUCUAGCUGAAACUACAUUGAGAGAAGCUGCGAAGAUUGAGCCCAAAAAUCACAUUACUUGGUAUAAUUUGGGAAAAGUCCUAGAAGCGGUGGGAGAAUACGAGAACGCCAGCAAUGCCAUGGCGACGGCUUUACUAGAAGAACAAAGUAGUCCUAUUCUUCCUUUCAGUUCGGUUCCUUUAUGCUUUGAGUAAAUCAUUUAGCUACUCAAAAAGUUACUUGAAUAUGUGGUAUUAAGGGUGACUAAAAUAAUCCCUUCUAAAUUAUGUAAAAUUUGAAUGACUUUUAUGCCACAAUAGGGAAAAGCAGAAUUCGAUAGGUGGCGCUAAAAAAUGUCCUAUGUCAAUCUCAACUGUGGCCUAUUCAAGAAAAUAGGAAAGAUAAAAGUUUGCUGGUGGCCGCCGUAUAGUAUAAUAUCUUUCCUGCAGAGUCACGUCUUUCAUAUAUAAUAUCAAAAAUAAUAAGAAAAAUGGGGUAAAACACAAAAAAAAACUAAAAAUAAUUUAUUUCGUUACAAAAUGUAUACAAAUCAUGUAAAAUAACAACAUUCUCUGAUGACAUCCUGGCACGCAACGUGUUAAAAAUGAUAUUUAAUAGAUAUUAUCUAAUACGUAGAAUCAUUUAUUUACUUUAUAUAUAAUUUUUCCUGUAUUAGAUGAGCGUAAAAUAAUUGAAGUCGUUUCUACAUCUAUAGAGUCCCAAAUAUCGUCCACUGAAGUAACUUUUUGAUCUAAUUGGUUUAAAUUCCAAUGGUUUUACUGUACGGGUAACACAUUAUUCUAAUUUUCUUUGUAACAUUGGUUUUUUUAGAGUUAUUUUUCAUAAACGUUGAUAGUUUUAAUUUCCCUAAUAUUAAUUUCCAUAUUUUAAAAGUAACAGCAGUAUUAAAACUGAUAUUGUUUUUAAAUUUUCUUUUUUAAAUACUUGUAAUGGUACCUCUACACUCUCAUAGUUGACGUGUCUCAUUUCGAUUGUGAGAUUGUAGACUGGUAGAGGUAGGGUUGUAAGAAUUGCUGUUAAUGAUUUAAUUAUAAAUGCAUUUAAGCUGCAGUAGUCCCAAUGAUACCGAUUUUAUAAAUCUUUAUAACUUAACAAGUGAGAUUAUAGGUGAUGUUAUUUUGUUAUUUAUUGAAUAUUUUAAUUAUUUUUUGUACUAAUAUUAGGUGAUUGUUAUUUCUUUGUUAAAACAGUAAACUAUAUAUUAUA